AUGACACUAGAAGUCGUGUCUGUUUUAUCAAUUCUCUCCAGUUGGCGUUGGAGCGAAGAGAGACACAUUAUAAUUUUUGGUGACCAGUGUAUGCACCACGCCUUUUUACACAACACUGGUAUUAGAGAAGUUUCCAAGAUGCUAACAACAAGGACAUGUUUAAGACUGUUAUCGCAGCCAAAUCGAGUCUCAGGUCCAUCGAUACGAUGUCUAUCUCACACGACAAAGCCCGUCAGCAAUAAGAAAUUGUACGAUAAACCAAAGACUAAAUCAAAAGAAGAACGAAAGAUAUUCGGAAGAUUAAAGGAAACCACUACAUCAGAAACAGAGACAAACCCAUCAGCGUCCACUUCAGCUGCUGUUUUGGCAUCUACUGCGCAACCGCCACAAUAUCUCCCCACUUCAGCUUUGCCCCAGAUGCCAAAACAUCUUCAGGACCAAUCAUUUGAAUCGAUCUAUGAGUCACUUGGACAAAAACACAUUCUUGACCGAAUAAAUGAACCCAAGGGGAUAGACCUCAUUAUUCCUCGCGAGUUUAUCAAACCACCCCAACCACCAAAGCGUCAUGUGCGUCCAGAAAAGACCAAAGAUUUAGAUAAAAAAAUCAAGAAUUUUAUUGCUGGUGAACAUGAUGACCGCAGUUUGAUUCAUUUAGGUAAGGAGAUCAGUGCUCAUAUGGAGCCGGAUCAUAAUGAAAUAUACCCAAUCUUGGAACACCCUUUGAAAAAAUCCUUAUCCGGUUUGAAAACACUCAACCCGGCCAUGAAUAAAAUUAAAGAUCAAUUUCUAUGGGAUGUGAUACCCGAAGAUAACAUGGCAUUUGUACCUCCUUACCAAGUUGAUAAUCCCUUAGGGUUCAAGAAAUGGGAGCAAGAAUUGAUUGCUGAGCGUGAACGGGCUAAACGGGAACAAGAUCUGAUCUUGAAGGAGUUGCAAGAGUUUGACAAGUUAAUGGGCGACUCGAAAUCUUUUUUUGGCAAGAAUCAAACAAAUGAUUCACAAGGUGGUGAUAAUAGCGAGGAUGCAUCAGAUGGUAGUGGAGCUAAGGGAAGUAGAAGAAAAUUGAAUCGAAAAUUGUUGAAAAAGUACAAAAAAUUAAAGGAUGAAGGAAAAAUUGAUGUUGAUUAG